GACAAGACGACAACAGUGCCACGGCCUCUCUAAAUUGUUUGUCAAUAAAAAUUAAACUCCCUCCGAGAUGAUGAAUUCUCCAUGAAUAAAACUUCGCGUUGGUCUCGUCGUUCUGCACCCCACAAGCGCGAUCGAAAAAAAAUCAAGAGCAGUCGGGAGGACAGCUCACUCCUUGAUGGGAUACUUGGAUUUACCCAUAUUGACGGUAUAUACCUGCUGCAGCACGCAUACACGGAUAUAGGGGAGCGUUCGAAUACAUGGAUACAUGUACAGCUGUCAAUGGACUCGUGUGGGUACGCUGAAUGAUGCGUACCAUUUUUUCUCGAUGAUAACAAUUCAUUUUUUUAUCCAUCCGUUGUGGAUUAUAUCGACGGAUGAUCUUUGAACUGGAGGGGAUAUUAACUCCGAUGGAAUCGCUGGAGUUCAGUGAAAGUUCUGAUGUAAACAUUGAAUUCAGGGUGUGAGGAAGCUUGAUACUGUUUUGGUUUCACCCCAUUAAAAUUAUCCUGCCAUCACAAUGACGAUCGUAAAACAACUGGAACCCCUCAACAGCCCUAUCCCUUCAACCUGGAAGAACGAAUCCUCCAAACAGUGUAAGCUGUUAAGUUGAUGCACAGAUCAGAUCAACUAGAACACCACUUCGAACAAGUUAACUACUAUAAUUAAAUUUGGCUCUUCCUGAAGAGUAUCCAAGAAUAUUGAAGAAUAACCCAGUCCAUUAAUGAAUAAAAUAUACGACAGUGUUGAUGAAGCUAAAAGAACUUAUGUGGAGGCGGCAAACUCUCAUCUGAGUAGUCUCAGUGUUGUAAAACUGACUCUGAUGAACAAUGAACCAUUCGGGAAGCGGCAAACGUCAGGCGAAGGUUUUGGAAGAUAAUUAUUGGGACUGUAGUGUCUGCACGUAUAGAAAUACAGCAGAAGCAUUCAAGUGCCUCAUGUGUGACGUGCGUAAAGGUACCUCAACGCGGAAACCCCGCAUUAAUCCGCAACUGGUGGCUCAACAGGCGGCUCAACAGCAGUAUGUGCCACCGUUGAAGCCAGGAAAAAAGGAAGGCGGAAGUGGAAGUAGUACAGCGAGCUCUGUCAAUAGUAAUAAGGAACGUAAACUGGAUAAACCAAGGCGAAAAAAUCGCCAUCCACCCAGAUUGAAAAAUGUCGAUCGCAGUACAGCUCAAACUAACGAAGUUACUGUCAAUAAUGUGACUGUAGUUAUAACUGAAUAUAAGCCUAAAGUGAAAAAAAAUUCGGAUCAAUCGGGUUUGUCUAGCAGUGCAUCGUCUGAGAAUGGUAGUCAACAUGAUUCGAAUCAAGACUCACGGAGUCUUGACAUAGGAACCGAUGUUUAGCUUAUUUUUACUUCAGUAGCGAAGCGGUAAAACGGUUCAAGUAGGGAAGAAUGGGGGCAAAAUGAAACAGCAAGCAAAAAAAA